ACGACCCAGACGGCCGAGCAGUAGCUGGUAGUCGGCGACCCAAAAUGACGGCGGUGCAGUCCGCGCCUCCGACAACGAUUAUUAACAAUACGGUGACCGCGACGACGGUGGUUACGACAACGACGACGACUACGACGUUGACGGCUACGGCGACGAGUAGCAGCAGCAGCACCAGCAGCAACGGACUGGGUGGUGCGGGUAAUAGCGGCAACAACAACGGCAUCAGCUCGAUAUUGCAGUACGUCAACGAGUCGAAUUUGAGCAAAAUUGAAAGUUUUCUGAACGACUCGGCUUACAGGGAAGCCAUCGAGAAUUCGUCCAGCUACAAUAGCCGAUUAUGCAGGGAGCGCAGGUUACGCAUGCCUUUCCUCGACUCCCAAACGGGAGUCGCACAAAAUCAUUCAAAUCUGUUCAUGUCUGCAAGAGAACGUCUUCCAGGCUUGCAGCAUGGCCAAAUAUACACAUAUCCGAGCAAACGGUGGCGGAAAAAACGGAGACAGUAUUUAAUGAACUAUUUCCAUCCCAAACGAAUCAUCAGAGGUGACAUAGAAGAUGGAGUCGACUGUGGAAUCGAAACUUCCCUUCCUGGAGUCAACGAUGACAGUAAAGACUCCUUAGCAUUGAAAGAUGAGCAUAGCAAAGAUGCCUGGUAUCUCGAUGAGCAAGAUAUGUUAGACAUUGAGCCAUACGACGAACCCGAUCCGGAUAGCGAUUUUGAUUAUGAAGAAAGUUACAGUAGUAAGAGAAAACGAAGAAAACCGCGAGGUAGUGGUCACCACCCUGCCAGAAAUCAUCCACCAGCGACUGACAGCCCAUCUGGAAAAAGAACAAAAGGUGGCGGCCGUGGACGUAAAAAAGUCAACUAUGAUGCCAGUGACACUGACAAGCCGUUCGUUUGUGACCUAUGCAGCGCACGGUAUAAGACCAGACCCGGUCUGGUCUACCAUUACAGUCACUCCCACUCUACUUCCUCCGGCGAUCCUGCUAAGGAACUAAGUCCCAGUCCCGCCGAUGUUGAAUCUCGGAGCGUAGCUGACGCAGUUGCUACGGACCAACCAGGUGGUACGCGCCGGGGUCGUCAGAGCACUGCCUCCUCGAGCCCCUCGGCGACGAGCACCUCCUCUAUACCUGGCUCGGCUGGCGGCUGUGGCACACCAGCCAUCAUCCCCAGCGACGGCACCUCCUCCGGCUCUUCAUCCCCAUUCGCCGGCGAUGCUCCUACCAGUGUCAUCGCCACGAACGACUGCAACGGCGAUGGGGCCGCAGUGGCUUUGGCGACUGGUAGGAGCAACCCUCGGGUGCCGUCCCUGGGGAUGCUGCUGCCGUGUGAAGGGGCUCCGGCCAACGGCGCGGAUCCCCAAGAGCCACAGCCAGCACCCGGCCGGCCAGCUAUAGGGGCAGCAGCAGCGGCGGCUCAGCAGCUGCACCAACAGCCGCCUGAGUCGAGCUGCGCAGCUCCAGCCUCACCUACUGUCUCAGCCUCCAACACCGCUUCUACCACCGCCUCAGCGGCUUCCUGCAACACCGCCGCCGCCAUAUCAGCCACGAGUUGCGGUCCAGCCGGGGGCAGUAGCACAGGCAGCACCAACGGCAGCGCCACCAACAACAAGGACCAUCUCGGGCUAGACGGCAGGCCACCCAUGUCCCCUGGUGGCACGACGCCCCUCCACCACCUCCAGCCGAACAACAACAGCAGCAGCAGCAGCGACUCGCUCAAGGCCGGGGUUGGCGUGGACGGCCGGGUCUCGCCCGUGCAGCAUCACCAGGGCAACCAUCACCACGCCGGUGGCAUGGACGGGAAGAAAAACAAGCCGGCGCAGCCGUCGCCCUACUGCGACUUUUGUCUCGGGGACGCGCGCGAGAACAAGAAGACCGGCGGCUCCGAGGAGUUGGUCUCCUGCAGCGACUGCGGCCGCUCAGGUAAGCACCAACGACAAGCACAGCCCGAGGAGAGGGUCAAGCGCAAGUACACCAGGCGCGUUACCGCGGCCGGGACUGUCACUACCGCUACUGCCACCACCACAACUGCCCAUUCCAAUAACAAUCACAAUAACAAUAAUCAUCACCACCAUCACAACUGAAUUUUGCAUUUAACUGGACAAUACUGAUUACGACAGCCCUGGGUUGUACGACGACGACGACGACGACGACGACGACGACGACGACGACGAUGAUAAUGAUGGCGGUGAACGAUAUAUUGCCAGGGUAGAACCUUUCUUUUAGUAUAGGCAUACUAAUGUUAAUGUAAUGAUGUAGGAGCUUGCGUGACGCCAACAUUUUGUUCGUCGCGCUUUCAUUAGGACGUAAUAGGUAUUAUAUUAGGCGAUUCCAGGUGUGGAUGAUGUGCUGUGUGGUUAUCAUGAUGAAUGUGUUUAUCAGCUAUAAAAAUAUCGCGUAUAUCAAUUAAGAAAUCAAUGAGACUAGAGGUUUUUUUUUUUUUCUAAUAAAAUAAUGCUCUCUUUGGAAAAUCGAGGCUACACGACGCCAG